ACUGUUGCUUUAAGAAUGGUUUUUAUCAUCUCUCAUUUCAUAAUUUUCUCUCUUUCGGUCUGGAUUAGGCUUGCCAGAGGACGUGAGGAAUGGGACAGUGCCGCACUACAAAAUGCCAACACAAAGUGCAAUGGGCUCCUACCAGUGUGGGGGCCUCACGUACCCGAAUCUGCCUUUGCCACCUGCCUGGCAAGGCACAACACAUAUCUGCAAGAGUGCACAGGGCAAAGGGAACCCACGUACCAGCUCAACAUUCACGAUACCAAGCUGCUGUUCCUGCGCUUUGCUAUGGAGCAGUCCUUCAGCGUGGACACAGGGGGAGGAGGCCGCGAGAGCAACAUCCACCUCAUCCCUUACAUCAUCCACACCAUUCUCUACGUCCUCAACACAACAAGGGCCACGUCACGGGAGGAGAAGAAUCUUCAGAGCUUCUUAGAGCAGCCUUGUGAAAAGUGGGUGGAGACUUCGUACGAGGUGGACGGGCCGCACUACUUCACCAUAUUGGCCAUGCACAUCCUGCCACCUGAGCGCUGGAGGACCACACGUCUCGACUUCCUUCGUAGGCUGCUGGUCACUUCACAUACCCGCAAGGUCUCACCAGGGGGUGCUAACAAGCUCACAGAUAAAGCCGUGAAGGAGUAUGCGGUAUACCGUUCACCGCUUCUCUUCUGGGGUCUGGUGGAUCUUGUCUAUGAUAUGUUCAGGAAAGUGCCCACCAGCAACACAGAAGGAGGCUGGUCCUUCUCGCUCGCAGAGUACAUAAGGCACAAUGACAUGCCCAUCUAUGAGGCUUCAGAAAGGGUUUUGAGGGCUUUCCAGGAUGAACUCAUGCCUGCUGAAUCCUUCUCAGAGUUCCUGGAUGUCGUAGGUCUUCUGUCAGACAUCCCAGACCCUGACGCCUUCCUCCAGGACCUGUUGAACUCUGUGCCCUGAUGGCGCACAUUUAUGCACCUCACUUAUGGACUCGUGACCGCUCUGUCCAGUGCAGGUGUUCCUUAAACACGGAGUCUGUCCACUACCCGGACACCGCUAUUCGCAACUCCAUAAGGACACCUUUCAAUCGGGGCCCAGGCUCCCAAAACUUCUAUCAGCUCGCAUACACACUCAUUCACCUCCACUUCUGCUCCUGAUCUCCGCGUGGGUUCAUUCAGUUAUAACUCUCUCCUAAACAAGAAAGUGACGUGUAGCCUGACGAGUUAAUGCGCAUUUAUUCUACAAUGGUUUCGUAACACCUAAUACACACAAACACACCAUGCUGUUUUGAUCUGACAUGUUGCAGGUAAUCUGGUUUGGAAUUAUUUCAUAAACAACCCUGAUGGCUUUUAUUUUAUUUUCCCUUUUUGGAUUUUUGUUUAUGGUGUUUUUUGACUCUAAAUUGGCUAAGAGUCUAACUAAUCUCUCAUCUUCUUGUUCUAUGUUUUUUGUUUUUGUUUUUUUUUGCAGUGGUGUUCUAUGAAUUGUUUGCAGUUUGUGAGAAAGUCUAGGCCUGACAGUGGUUCUGUGAUGCGAUGCAAAAGCGUGACGAUUGUUUUUCGUGUGUAAAUGGUUGAAGAGUGAGAUGAAAGCUUGUUUAAUGUUAUUCCCAAGAAAUGAAACACUUCCUGGUUUGUAAAGGGUGUUACCUGCAUCAACAAUGAAACAAAGAUAAAGAAUAAAAAGGGCCUGCAUAUUUAUUUUGGGAGCCUUUUUCCACUUUGUUUUUCUGGUUUGGUUUGUGUUUUGAUCAAAACCACGAUAACUAAAUUUCUUUUUCGUUUUGUCUUCCAUGUUACCGUAAUUCACAGCGUAAUAUUCCACAGAUUUAAAGAUUUUCCCCAGAGCAAGUUGUGCCUCUGGUAAGCAAGGUGCCACUGAGAGAAGCGUCUCAGUGAUUUUAAGUUUAUUCUUACAAUAUAAACACACACCUGCGAUAGGGUGUUCUUGAGCUGAAUGCAUGGUGUGAAGUUUGUUUAAAAAAAAGAAAACAAGAAAAACCCAGUUAGUGUUUAUUCGCCUAUUCCCGCUGCUACAAUGUUCAACUGUUGCUGAAUGUCUGCUUUUGAAUUAGCUCAAAUUAAUAAAGGUGUAAGAAUACCA